AUGCCAUGGUCCGGCGCUGCCCGCAAAAUCCUCCUUCGCAGUGCAGAACGCAUGAAGAAGGCCGCUGAUCGCAGGCGCCAGCCAACGCCGACAUACCAGCCGGGCCAGAAAGUUUGGCUCUCCACACGAAACUUGCCACUCCACGUCGCCUCCCGGAAAUUGGCCCCCAGGUCCCUAAGGGUACACCCUACAUUCCACGUUGGGAAGCUGAAACCCGCUAAGGAGAGCCCUAUGGUGCCCAGGGCCGCUGCCCCGCCUCUUCCCCGGAUGGUUGACGGGGGCCCGGUCUACCCAGUGAAGCGGCUAUUGGCUGUUCGCAAACGGGGGAGGGGACGCCAAUAUCUGGUGGACUGGAAGGGCUAUGGCCCGGAGCACCGUUCCUGGGUCCGCUCCAGCUUCAUCGUGGAUCUGGACGGUAGGCAGGAGCUGGGCUUGCGGGCGCCGGCGACAGGUUAUGGGGUGCCGGGCUCGGGAGCGCUAGCCCAGCUCCCAGACGGCCCUAAGAACUUCCGGGUGUCGCCCGGGGCGGUAGGCAGGAGCGCUAGCGGCAGCAUUAAAAAAUGUGCUGUAGCAGUUGCUGGUGUUUACAGUGUACACAAAGCAUCGGGCUUAUUAGGAAAUGUAUGCAAAGAUUUAAAAGUGCCGAAUACAUUGGUAAAUCGUUUAAAAAUCCGUAAGGUAGCUCUUCAGCUUCAGAAGAGCACUUCAGGUGUUAAGGGGUACUCAAAAGCUGACGCUACCAAUGAUGACGAGAGUUCUUCCUUGGAUGACAAUGAUGUGGAAGAAAGCCAUUGGUCCCCCUGCCUAGAAGACGAGGCUGCAAGUACCGGACCAGACCAUUGGUCCCCCCGCCUAGAAGACGAGGCUGCAAGUACCGGACCAGACCACUGGUCCCCCCGCCUAGAAGACGAGGCUGCAAGUACCGGACAAGACCAUUGGUCCCCCCGCCUAGAAGACGAGGCUGCAAGUACCGGACCAGACCACUGGUCCCCCCGCCUAGAAGACGAGGCUGCAAAUGAAGAGAGUUCCCAAACACUACAUGGUUGCGAUGCAUGUUUUUGGACUCCUCGCAUCCUGCUCAACGCUGAAAGCGAUGGACGAGGUUUUGGUCAGUGCAACAGUCCUGUUCUGCAGCCCUUGCAGUGGAGAAAACGUCCCAAAGCACUUCCACGACCUCCAACUCCUUAUGCAACAGAGGGGGACAGUCGAUGUUGACAAAAUUUUAGAUGCUGAAGACUACAAGCACGAUCUCACGACCUCACCUCUAGAAAGCCAAUUCAGGAAAGCAAUUGAUAGUGCACCUCUUGACACUGAAGGUGAAGACAAUGUUUACCAUGCACCAAAAUUCAUUACAAAUUUGGCUAAGUACUUCCUCCCACAUGCCCUCCUGUGGUCUGGAGUGAUGCUAGGUAAGUUUUACAAGUU